CGUAUACUCAACCUGGUAGCUAAUGUAGGGAACUCACGAUUUCUUGCCCAUCACUCCACUCUACGCCCAGACUUCAGCAAUCGAAAGUCGAAACCCCCAAUCGCGUUCGGUAAUGGCAGCCGCAACCUUGGUAAUGGACCCAAAACCUUCGACAGAACCGCCGCCGUCGUUCCCCUCCACUAGAUCAGACCUCCACGGAGGCUGGACGGACCAGUCCUCCGAUGAGGACGACCUCUACAGCCGCCUGAAGUCGCUGCAGCGGCAGAUGGAGUUCAUUGACAUCCAGGAGGAGUACGUGAAGGAUGAGCAGAAGAAUCUGAAGCGGGAGCUCCUUCGCGCCCAGGAGGAGGUCAAGCGGAUCCAAUCGGUGCCCCUAGUUAUAGGCCAGUUCAUGGAGAUGGUCGAUCAGAACAACGGCAUCGUUGGCUCCACCACCGGCUCUAAUUACUACGUGCGGAUUCUUAGCACCAUCAACCGUGAGCUUCUGAAGCCCUCCGCUUCAGUCGCUCUUCACCGCCACUCCAACGCCCUCGUCGAUGUCUUGCCCCCCGAAGCCGACUCCAGCAUCUCGCUGCUCAGCCAGUCCGAGAAGCCUGACGUCACCUAUAAUGAUAUUGGAGGAUGCGACAUUCAAAAGCAGGAAAUUCGUGAGGCAGUGGAGCUACCCCUAACUCACCAUGAGCUAUACAAGCAAAUUGGUAUAGAUCCUCCUCGUGGUGUUUUGCUUUAUGGUCCCCCUGGAACUGGCAAAACUAUGCUUGCCAAGGCUGUUGCUAAUCAUACAACUGCAGCCUUUAUUAGAGUUGUUGGGUCUGAAUUUGUUCAGAAGUAUCUGGGUGAGGGCCCACGGAUGGUACGGGAUGUUUUUCGCCUUGCCAAAGAGAAUGCCCCAGCAAUUAUUUUCAUUGAUGAGGUUGAUGCUAUCGCUACAGCUAGAUUUGAUGCCCAAACUGGUGCCGACAGAGAAGUUCAGCGGAUUCUCAUGGAACUCCUGAAUCAGAUGGAUGGGUUUGAUCAGACUGUCAAUGUUAAGGUUAUCAUGGCAACUAAUAGAGCAGACACCUUGGACCCUGCACUUCUACGUCCUGGAAGGCUUGACCGAAAAAUUGAAUUCCCUUUGCCCGAUAGACGACAAAAGAGGCUUGUAUUUCAGGUUUGCACUGCUAAAAUGAACCUCGGUGAUGAAGUAGACUUGGAAGACUAUGUUUCUCGUCCAGACAAAAUUAGUGCUGCUGAGAUUGCUGCUAUUUGUCAAGAGGCUGGAAUGCAUGCAGUUCGCAAAAACAGAUAUGUCAUACUUCCUAAGGACUUCGAGAAGGGGUACCGAACCAAUGUGAAGAAGCCUGAUACUGACUUUGAGUUUUACAAAUGAUGAUGAGAGAUUGAAAACUCAUUCAAAAGUUCAGUUGUUCCUUUUUCAAGAUGAUGUGGCAUUUCUCAAAGGAAUUCCAAGUAUCAUAUGUGCCAAACUAGUUACAUGUUUUUAUAACCUUAUUUGAACAAUAUUAGAGCCAUGUGUUGCUGAAGUAUUUAUAUUUCUGGGAUGUCCUGUCAGGCAUCGAAGAGCCGUCUACGAUGAGGAUCUUUUAGAUUCACUUGGAUUAAACCUACGUGGAUACUGGUCUGAAUUGUUCUUGUAGAAUUCCCACAAAUUAUUGUGGUAUAUGCAUGAUUUCAAGUGAUUUGAUUUGAGAA